UCGUUCAGAGUUCUCUGUGGGGACUAGGUUCAGAAGAUGUCAUCUCCCCCACAGACUAGCUUCCCAGAGAAUGUCGCCUGCAAACUAGAAUGAUGCUAGUCUCAGCUUAACUGUGCAAAGAGAAAACCAGAACGGGCUCCCCAGGAACCAGGUUCAGUUGUCAGAAGACUACUGAUCAGUAAGACUCAGCCAGAGGGGUGUAUUAAGAAUGGGAAUGUGAGAACCAAGAGGUCAGCAGGACAGCGAGGCACAGCCUCUUCACAAGUCAGAGAAGAUAAACAUUUCAGACAAGAUGCCAUGGUUGAAAACUGAAGAGGUUAACAAUCAAGAUGGUACAUGCUGAAGCCUUUUCUCGUCCUUUGAGUCGGAAUGAAGUUGUUGGUUUAAUUUUCCGUUUGACAAUAUUUGGUGCAGUGACAUACUUUACUAUCAAAUGGAUGGUAGAUGCAAUUGAUCCAACCAGAAAGCAAAAAGUAGAAGCUCAGAAACAGGCAGAAAAACUAAUGAAGCAAAUUGGAGUGAAAAAUGUGAAGCUCUCAGAAUAUGAAAUGAGUAUUGCUGCUCAUCUUGUAGACCCUCUUAAUAUGCAUGUUACUUGGAGUGAUAUAGCAGGUUUAGAUGAUGUCAUUACGGAUCUGAAAGACACAGUCAUCUUACCUAUCAAAAAGAAACAUUUGUUUGAGAAUUCCAGGCUUCUGCAGCCUCCAAAAGGUGUUCUUCUCUAUGGGCCUCCAGGCUGUGGUAAAACGUUGAUUGCCAAGGCCACAGCCAAAGAAGCAGGCUGUCGAUUUAUUAACCUUCAGCCUUCGACACUGACCGAUAAGUGGUAUGGAGAAUCUCAGAAAUUGGCUGCUGCUGUCUUCUCCCUUGCCAUAAAGCUACAACCAUCCAUCAUCUUUAUAGAUGAAAUAGACUCCUUUCUACGAAACCGUUCAAGUUCUGACCAUGAAGCUACAGCCAUGAUGAAAGCUCAGUUUAUGAGUCUCUGGGAUGGAUUGGAUACUGAUCACAGCUGCCAGGUCAUAGUAAUGGGAGCUACCAAUCGUCCUCAGGACCUUGACUCGGCUAUAAUGAGAAGAAUGCCUACAAGAUUUCAUAUCAACCAGCCUGCUUUAAAACAGAGAGAAGCAAUCCUGAAACUCAUCUUGAAAAAUGAAAAUGUGGAUAGGCAUGUAGACCUGCUAGAAGUUGCCCAGGAAACUGAUGGGUUUUCAGGAAGUGACCUAAAAGAGAUGUGUCGAGAUGCUGCCCUCCUCUGUGUUAGAGAAUAUGUUAAUUCUACAUCAGAAGAAAGCCAUGACGAAGAUGAAAUUCGGCCUGUUCAACAGCAGGACCUGCAUCGGGCAAUUGAAAAGAUGAAGAAAUCAAAGGAUGCAGCAUUUCAGAAUGUUUUAACACAUGUUUGUUUAGAUUAAGAGUAAAGAUCAUUUGUACAGUUCAGUGAUCUAGUUUGGUGUGUCCUCUUAUCAGUUAGUGGAAAUAGAACGGAAAGAGUGCUCUUUAAACAAUGAGGGAGCUCAGUGUUUAUGGUUUUAUACUCUGAAUUCUAAGUUAUUGAGAUAUAGUUGUUACAUAGGUGGUAUUACUGUUGGUCAAAAAUCAUGAGGAGGAACAGUUGAAUCCAGCCUGAACGUGGGUGCUUGUGUUUGACCUUUUCAGCCAUAUAUUGUACAGCCUUAUAGAAUCUAAGCUGGUCUUAAAGUCAUAAAUGAUUCAUUGGGUCAUUAGUGAGAAACGGGGAUGUGGUUAGGUGCUGGUUCCUAGACAUGUGAGUAUGCGUUUGUGUGUGUGUGUAUAUGUAUGUGUAUAUUAAAUGUAUAUAUCCACACAUUUUAUAUUGACAUUCUGUAGAUAUGUUUGAAUAUAGAAACUUUUUUUACCCCAACUACUGAAUCCAGGAGUACCAAAUAAUAUAUAGUAAAACUAAGAUUUAAGGUUGUGUCAAAAAGGUACAGUGAUUCAGCCAUUUCCAUUUGUCAUUUGUUUCAACCUUUUUUAAGUUGAGUGUUUUUAUUUCUGCAGUUAUUAGUUGGAUCCUCCACAUCUUGCAUAUAUACAUGGGCUCAAUUAUUAUGUUUGUCAGGAUAAUCAAAUGAAAAUACUAGUUCAGUGAUCAGCAUCGAAUGGUUGUUAGGCAGCCAUGAGCUCAACACUGAUUUCACCUCUUGAGUAUAAACUUUUUAAGUUUAAAUUGGUUUACAUGAAAGUGGAUUAAAAGGCCUUUCAAAAGAAUGGGUUUGAAAAACCUCAGUACCCUUUAAUACAUGUACAUUUCUUUCCUUUUCUCAUUUAAUGUAACAUGUCUGUUGUAACUAUGUUUCUUAAAUAUUAUUUUAAGGUUAUGUGUUCUUUAAUUAUGGUCAAAUAUAAUUUGGUCACCAAAAAUGAAAUAUUAGUUUAAAACAAGUAGCUGUUACUAAGUGUGCUAAAAAUACUCAUUUUGUAAUUAAUUUUAGUUUUCUUAGUAUAUUAUAAAUUGUGCCCUGGUCAGGUACAAAUGUACACAUCAAAAUGCCCAUAUUGUAUCUAUCUGUAAUCGUUUAAUGUGAAUUAUAUGUGAAUUUUUUUCAAAAUUUUACUAACCAGAAUUCUGUUAUAGGCACCUAACCACGCAGCAUGAGGAAAACGGCACAACACAAUCUUGAGGUGCCUUCUGAAUCAUCAGAUUAAAUUAUGCUUCGUAUGUUUUUGCUUUUACUGUAUUUCUUUUAAAACUCUAAAUCUUUAUUCAUGUGUUAUUGGAUUAAUUUAUCUGAUAAUGUGCCUCACAAGAAUCUGUUAGAUCGUUUAUUCUUCAGUUGUACUUUGAAUGGUGGGGUGGAAGUUUCAGGUGAACAAUGAAUAACAAAAAGCAAGUUAUGGAAGAUUGUGAAGAGGAUGGAAAAAUUGAAUACAAGAUACCAAAAAUGAAAAAAAGUGUCCCAUUUUUAAUAACUAUAUUCUAUUAUUUUAUAAAUGUGUAAUAAAGGGGUCCCUCUUUA